GGUUGUUGGGUUCUGUCCACAUACAGUCCACUCACCUCAGUCUGAGUACAAAUCAAAAUGGCACAGGCUCUUCUCUUUAUUCUGAUGAGUACACUUUUCUACAAAGCAAAUUCCCUGACCUGUUAUCAAUGCAUACCCGAGACAUCAGUCAAAUGUACCGAAACUAAAGUGGAGUGUGCUGUCGGUCAGUGUGGGACCAUGAAAACCACAUCUUAUUUGGGUAACGACAAGUUGGCAGACAUGAUUAUGAAAAACUGCUCUUUAACUCAACAAUGUGUGACCGCAUCUGUAAACUUAGGGGUUAUAAAAGCAGUCAUCAGCAACCAGUGUUGUAAUACUAACCUGUGCAAUAACCAGAGCGAACCAGAACCACCAAAAAAUCUCCAAAAUGGUAUAAUGUGCUACACUUGCAACGGAGAGGACUGCACUUCAACUUUAGCUUGUGUUGAUGGUGAAGAUCACUGUAUCAAAGCUACAGUUGAGGCUGAUGGAAAGAUAAUGAAGAUGAGAGGAUGUGCCACCAAAAGUUUCUGUAAAGGUGACCUUUCCACACAGAUUGUCCAGUCCACUGUAACAAGGGGCUUGAGCUGCUGUAGAGGAAAUCUUUGUAACAGGGCUACAAUUGUCAGUCAGCACGGUUUGAUUCAAAUAGGCCUGCUGAUCUUUGCUAUUGCAAAGGCAUCAUUUUAAACUUUGUCAUGGUUUUUAUAAAGCAUCAGUUCUAACGUUACAAAUGUUUACGUUUCUGCAUUGUUAGGGUGUUCCUAAAUGUUUGUUAAUUGCUCUUCUGCAUACACUUUAAAAAUAGAGAACAGGAGCGUUGGUGUAUUUGUUAAGGCUUUUGUAUUUAAUUUGUAUUUACUAAAGGAUUUAUUACUGGUUAAUUGAAAAACAUUAUCUGAAUAAUCAACAGUUGCCGUAGCCUACUUUAUUUCUUUAAUAUAUUUAAAUAAGUUGAAUUAUGUUAAAAAUCAAUGAAUAUACUGUAUGUCCCACACAAGUCAAAACAACUGGUUUCUCCGAAACUGGUGCGUAACACUGUACAUUUGUUUACGGGUGUCUUCCUUUCAGGAUUGUGAGGAUUUAGUUUCAAGACACUAACAUGAUUUCAUGGUUUUCAUGCCUUGCAGCUCUGAAUUGUCUGACAAGGAAUAUGAAAGUAGUAGAUCUUCAAGUUACACCGUUUACAUAUCUUUAUAAAUGUGAGCACAAUAACCAGCCUGUAUUCAUGAACAAUCUUGGCGCAAAGAGUUGCUCCUAGUGACAAAAUUCUAAAAUAAAUAGUUAUAAUUGUGUGUUUUUCAUUAAAAAUCCUAGUAAAGAAAGAAGUCAUUCAGAAAGCAUCUUAACCCUUAAAGAGGUCUUAAGGUCCAAAAUAUGGACAAGUUUCUUUAGCAGCAUGAAAAGUGAACAUGAUACCAAGUGAGUUACAGUUUUUCUGAAUUGCUAAAACACUAAAACCCAAUCCCUGAACAAAAUUCAUAGUGGCCUAAACCCAUUUGUCUAUUCAUGCACUCUUUUUGCAAAACUCUAAACACAAACUUCUCACUAAAACACACAUUUUACGGCUCAUUGCACUUGUAUUAUAAAUGCUAAACACAGGCAGGCAAGUUGAACACAACUAAAACACAGUAAUCAAGCAAACACAACAACUCAAAAUUGUAUACACUUUUUUCUAAUGGUAUUUUUAACCAGAGGCAGAUGAGGAGAAUGAUGAAGGACACCGGAGACGAUGCAAUUGGCAAAAUUUGCACUUGGAUUGCUGACUUUUUACAAAAUACUGCUUAAAAGUGCUGCUUACAGUAAUAUUGAAAACUGACUAUUAGGCUAAUUGAAGUACUUACAGUAAAGUAUUCACUAAACUAAACUUGUGAUUACAGUUAUAGAGAUUUUUAACAGUAUUUGUCAAGUGUGUUGUUAUAUACAAUAAACAUGUAUUUUUCUGUA